AUGGCCAGCGGCCUGGCGGGGAAGGUGCGUCGCGCCCGCGAGUCUGAUGAGUUUGACCUCAGUGGCUAUGACCAGGCACGGUGUCAAGAGCUGGCCAAGGAUGCCUUCAGCGAGCCCUUCCCCUUGAAGGAGAUGGUACGGAUCUCCUUCGUGGUGGGCGGCGGGAAAUUGGUGCGGCAGAAGUAUUCCGACGAUCUGCCCAAGCACAUGGUGAAUGCCUUGAGCGCAGUGGGAUUCCAAGAGGACAAUAGUGCCACAGUGGAACUCAGCUCGGCAGGGAAGUUCAAGUACCACCAUGAUACCAACAAAAACCUCAAGUUCGUCCAUGUCUUUCCCAAGCUGAUGGAAGAGGCGGCCACGGCGGCCCGGCCCGAGGGCGAGGAGGAGGCUGCCGAAGCACCGCGUGGUGCUCCAAAGACGCCGGAAGAGCUCCUGCUGCAGAGUGACGAGGCGGACUUUACACGGUACUUGCAAACGCACCUGGUCACCUACGCGCAGAAGCAGAAGCUCUUGGAGCUUCUGAAGCAUCGCAUCGCCGCCCUGGAGGAGAUCGAGGGCAAAAUGAGUCGCCUCGAGAAGAUGACCAGCGAGGAGGAGCAACUCUUUGAAGCCGUGGGCGCUGAGGAGCUCCGGGAGAAGGUCAAGCAGACACGUAGCGAGUUGCAGAACAUGGUUGACGCGAAGCGUCUCACCAGCGCCGAGAAGAGCGACUUCCUGGAACAGCUGGAGAGCAAGAUUGCUCUCACAAAAGAAGAGCUCUCCAAGGCCGAGGCGGAUGGCAAAAGUAAGAAGGCGCAGGCUCUCAGCGAGCACUUGGAGGUCAUGCAUUCCACGCGCAGCUCCAUCAAGUCGGCCGAGCCCGCUCCUUUGCCGCCGCUGAAGCAUGGGGAGCAGAUCCGGAAGCUCCGGCUGAAGCUUGCAGAGCUUGCGCAGCUGGAAAAGGACAAGCGAGGAAACUAUUCCCUCGAUGAGCUGAAGAGGCUGGGCGAACGCCCGGAGCUUCAGGAGGCCGUCGAGGAACUCGAGCGCCGCGCGAAGGGUUGGCUCGAGAGCGACGAGGUCUUUGAAGAACGUCUUCAAGCCAACCUACGCUUGGGCGGCAAAGCGAAAGCCGCGCCCCGGGCGACGGGUGGCUACAGCACCGUGACGGGCGGGGCGAAGCCCGCCAAAGCCAAGGCCAAAGCGCCGGGAACGCGGAACGCCUUCGGCGCUCUUGGCUGA